AUGUCGGCUGUGGAUCGCGAGGCUGAGGUUACUCAGCAACACGGAAUCAACGACUCUCCCGUCGAAGAGAUCAUCGUCACCAAGCAGGAUUCCAUCGACUUGGAGAAGGAGGGACGUCCUACUGCCGACGGUGAGGAGCCCACCGACGACGAGAAGCGGGCUCUUCGCCAUGUCGCCGAAAAUCUGCCUGCCUCCGCCUGGCUGGUCGCCAUUGUGGAACUGUGCGAACGUUUCACCUACUAUGGUAUGUCUGGUCUGUUCCAGAACUACAUCCAGCGUCCAUUGGACGGGAGCCAGGGCCGCGGUGCGCUGGGCAUGGACCACCAGGGUGCCACUGGUUUGAACACCUUCUUCCAGUUCUGGUGCUACGUGACGCCCAUCAUCGGUGCCAUCAUCGCUGAUCAGUACCUGGGCAAGUACAAGACCAUUGUCUUGUUCUGUAUCGUAUACAUGGUUGGUCUCCUGAUCCUGGUCCUGACCUCCAUUCCUGUUGCCCUGCAGCACGGCGCCGGUCUGGGUGGCUUCAUUGCUGCUAUCCUGAUCAUUGGUCUGGGAACUGGUGGUAUCAAGAGUAAUGUUGCGCCUCUGAUUGCCGACCAGUACAAGCGCAAGAAGAUGGCCCUGAAGACUCUGGCCAAGACUGGCGAGCGGGUUGUCAUUGAUCCCGCGCUCACCAUUCAGCGUAUCUACAUGAUCUUCUACGGUUGUAUCAACGUUGGUUCGCUCUCCCUGCUUGCUACGCCUUACAUGGAGCAGUACGUGGGCUUCUGGUCUGGAUACCUGCUGUGUCUCUGCAUGUUCGCCGUCGGUACCAGCGUGGUUAUUCUGGGUCGCAAGUUCUACGUCGUGCGUCCUCCUCAGGGCUCUAUCAUCACCGAUGCCUUCCGCGCACUUUGGAUCAUGAUCAUCAACCGCAACAUGGAUGCGCCCAAGCCUAGCUGGCAGCUGGAGCACCGCAAUGUGCAGUCCACCAACAACUGGGACGACCACUUCAUUGACGAGCUCAAGCGUGCUCUGGUCGCCUGCAAGGUCUUUGCCUUCUACCCCCUCUACUGGGUCAUCUACGGCCAAUUCUCUGGCAACUUCGUCACCCAGGCCGGCCAGAUGGAUGGUCACGGUAUCCCCAACGACCUGAUGCAGAACUUUGAUCCUAUCUCCAUCAUUGUGUUCAUCCCGUUGCUGGAGACGCUCGUCUACCCUGCUCUGCGUCGUUUGAAGAUCCCAUUCCUCCCCGUCACCCGUAUCUCUCUGGGUUUCUUCGUCGCUGCUCUCGCCAUGGCCUAUGCCGCCAUCGUGCAGCACCUGAUCUACGAUGCCGGUCCCUGCUACGAGCACCCGCUUUGCGAUGCUUCCAUUGUCAACGGUGAAGCUCAGGGCAACAACGUCCACAUUGCUAUCCAGACCCCAGCCUACAUGCUGAUCGGUAUCUCUGAGAUCUUCGCUUCCGUGUCCGGUCUCGAGUACGCCUACACCAAGGCUCCUCCAUCCAUGAAGUCGUUCGUGCAGUCCAUGUACCUGCUUACCAACGCUUUCGGCUCUGCCAUUGCUGAGGCUCUGACCCCGGCUGCCUACGACCCUGCGAUCUUGUGGAUGUUCGUUGGUCUGGCUGUCGCCUCUACGCUGGUUUCCGUCAUCUUCUUCGCUCUGUUCCACCACUACAACUCCCAGGAAGAGCAGAUGAAUGCGCUGGAUGCCGAUGAUGAUAUGCCUGAUGCGCACCACCCUGACUCAAAGUAG